AGGGAAGGGGAGGGGUUCCGAAAAGACCGCAGGGAGAGGCGCUGCGAGGGAUCCUUAGGGCUGAGAGCGGGGGGAGGAGACAGGGAGGGAGAGAGGGAGAGAGAGAGCGGGAGCCCGAGGCCGGGGCUGCCUGAGCGUGGGCGCCGCGCGGGAACCGGGUUUGCUGCGCGCCGCGCCCGCCCUGCCUGUUGAGCGGCAGCCGGGAAGAGGCGCGGCGGCUGCCGGCUGUGGGGACACCGGUGCAGGGACCGGCAGGUGCCGCCGCCGGGCCCCCCUCUGCCGCCCGCCGCCCACUCUCCUCCUGCGCGGGCGGCGCGGAUCUGCGAGGCGCGCCCGGAGCUGCCGGCGAGCCGGAAACGCAGCCCGAGGUCGAGACGCCCCCGAGAAUCCAGAGUCGCCCCUCUUUCUGUUCUGACCUUCUGCUGCCUCUGGACGCUCCCGUCACCAGUGUCCCUGGUCCCGUAGUGGCUUCCGUGGGUCGGUCCCCGUUAAGAACAGCCGCCAGGAGGUGAUCACCAUGUUUUGCGCGAAGCUGAAAGACCUGCAGAUCACGGGGGACUGCCCCUUCUCGCUGCUGGGCCCGGGCCCUGUCCCCAAAGAGCCCGCGGGCGAGGCGGCAGGGGGCGGGCCCGCAGCUCCGGCCGGAGGGCAGGGCCUCUGCCCCGGCGACCCCGCGAAGAAGCCGCCCGGAGGGCUUCCUCAGAGGAAGAGUAGCCGCAGCCGCGUCUACCUGCACACUCUGGCCGAGAGUAUCUGCAAACUGAUUUUCCCGGAGUUUGAGCGGCUGAACCUUGCCCUUCAGAGAACACUGGCAAAACACAAAAUAAAGGAAAGCAGGAAAUCUUUGGAAAGAGAAGACUUUGAAAAAAUAAUGGCAGACCAAGCGAUUGCAGCAGGAGUCCCAGUGGAGAUCAUCAGAGAAUCUCUCGGUGAGGAGCUUUUUAAAAUAUGCUACGAAGAAGAUGAAUACAUCCUAGGUGUGGUCGGAGGAACCCUGAAAGACUUUUUAAAUAGCUUCAGCACCCUUCUGAGACAAAGCAGCCACUGCCAGGAAGCAGAGAAGAAGGGCAGGUUUGAGGACGCGUCCAUCCUAUGCCUGGAUAAAGAUCCCGAUUUCUUAAAUGUUUACUAUUUCUUCCCCAAGAGGAUCACUUCCCUGAUUCUCCCCGGCAUCGUUAAGGCAGCUGCUCGCAUCUUGUACGAGACCGAAGUGGAGGUGUCCUCGACGCCUCCCUGCUUCCACCAGCACUGCAGCGAGUUCAUGGACCAGCCCUGCCUGCUCUACUCCGUCCACGUCAAGACCCCCCGGCCGUCCCCACCCCCGGGGAAGCCCCCGUCCUCGCUGGUGAUCCCCACCUCGCUCUUCUGCAAGACCUUCCCCUUCCAUUUCAUGCUGGACAGAGACAUGACCAUCCUGCAGUUGGGCAACGGCAUCAGAAGGCUGAUGAGCAGGAGAGACGUGCAAGGGAAGCCUCAUUUUGACGAGUACUUCGAGAUUCUCACUCCAAAAAUCAGCCAGACCUUCAGCGGAAUCAUGACCAUGUUGAACAUGCAGUUUGUGGUCCGCGUGAGGAGGUGGGACAACGCCGUGAAGAAAUCUUCCAGGGUGAUGGACCUCAAAGGCCAGAUGAUCUACAUGGUGGAGUCCAGCGCCAUCCUGUUCCUGGGCUCGCCCUGUGUGGACAGACUGGAGGACUUCACGGGCCGGGGGCUCUACCUCUCGGACAUCCCCAUCCACAACGCACUGCGGGACGUGGUCCUGAUCGGAGAGCAGGCCAGGGCGCAGGACGGCCUGAAGAAGAGGCUGGGCAAGCUCAAGGCCACGCUGGAGCAGGCCCACCAGGCCCUGGAGGAGGAGAAGCGGAAGACGGUGGACCUCCUGUGCUCCAUCUUCCCCUCCGAGGUAGCGCAGCAGCUGUGGCAGGGCCGAGCCGUGCAGGCCAAGCGGUUCGGCGACGUCACCAUGCUCUUCUCGGACAUCGUGGGCUUCACGGCCAUCUGCUCUCAGUGCUCCCCGCUGCAGGUCAUCACCAUGCUCAACGCACUCUACACCCGCUUCGACCGGCAGUGCGGGGAGCUGGACGUCUACAAGGUGGAGACCAUCGGCGAUGCAUACUGUGUGGCUGGGGGCUUGCACAAAGAGAGUGACACCCACGCUGUUCGGAUCGCACUGAUGGCCCUGAAGAUGAUGGAGCUCUCUGAUGAAGUGGUGUCUCCCCACGGAGAGCCCAUCAAGAUGCGCAUUGGACUGCAUUCUGGGUCGGUUUUUGCCGGAGUUGUCGGAGUUAAGAUGCCCCGUUACUGCCUUUUUGGAAAUAAUGUCACCUUGGCUAACAAGUUCGAGUCCUGCAGUGUCCCCCGGAAAAUCAACGUCAGCCCUACCACCUACAGAUUACUCAAAGACUGUCCUGGUUUUGUGUUUACACCUCGAUCAAGGGAGGAACUCCCACCAAACUUUCCUAGUGACAUUCCUGGAAUCUGUCAUUUUCUGGAAGCUUAUCAACAAGGAACAACUUCAAAGCCAUGGUUCCAGAAGAAAGAUGUUGAGGAAGCCAAUGCCAAUUUUUUAGGCAAAGCAUCGGGAAUAGAUUAGCCAAAUAUACACCCAAUUGUUAGUCUCUGGGUUUGAGUCCUUGGAGCGUGUGUGGACCUUCUGAGAGCACACUGGGAUGGCAGCGAGCUCAGGAGCGGUGGUAACAUUUUGGGAGCUAAGUCACCACCUGCUUUUCCUUCCACUUAACAUGACAAAAAUGUAUUCACCUCAAUGUUCAACUCUUCAGUGAAAAAGAAAGAGAGAUAGAAAGAGAGAGAGAGAGGAGAGAGAAAGAAAGAAGGAAAGAAAGAAGCCUCAAAAAGUGACUUUGGGGGAGUAUUUCUGAUAUAUAAGAAUAGCUUAUAACCUAUACUCAGAACUGAGCGCCUUGUUCAUAUAUCGGGCGAUUGUCGUGACCUGUACAGCCUGGUGGAGUCGCCUGCCUUCUGCCCUGGCCAAACACCCUGGUUAUCAAAGCGCUUCUCGUAGUGUUGGUUGCCUUAAAAACGCUUUUUGAAUAGAAACCAUAGUCUUUGAUACCCUAAGCUCCUUGAACCUUUCAAGUCUGCAUUUUGUUACAUUUCCUCAUUUAACUGUUAGCAUACAUAACAAAACAGAUUGAGGCUUCUUCUGUUGCACUUUUUUCUUUUUUUUAGAGAAAAUAAGCCAUUAUGGGUUAGAUGCAAUAUGAAUCUAAAGUAGUUCUUCUGUAAAUAUCAAAGAUGAUUUUAUAAAAAUAUUCUCCACAACGUAAUGUGUCGUAACAAUAAAUAUUUCCUUUUUUGACAUUUUAAAAAGUCUGUAUAUGGGAAAGGCUAUUUUAAUUCAUAAGAGCAGUUUCAUUUCUAUUAAUUCAUUUUUGUGUCAUAAUCUUCAGGAUAAAAGAGGGUUACAGCCUACAUUAAAAUGCAAUAAUAUUAUUCUAAUUUACUUUACCCAGAAGCAACAUGGAGUAAAGGCAGCAUUCAGGGAAUGAAUCAUAGCGUACAGCAGCAAUCUGGGCCUAUUUCAGCAGACACCCUCCAUUGCCAGGCUGAGCCGUGUAAAGUCCCAUCAGGAAAAUCUGGAGUUCAGAAGUGGGAAAUAAGACUUGUUCUUUUGGCUGAUAGCUUACUUUUUAAGUGUUUGUGUUCAACACUUUGGUGUGUAUAUAUGUCCUUGGAACCAUCAGGACUCUUUGUCUUAAGUACACAUCUGUGAAUUUUUUAUUCUAGCGAAAUUAAUUCAAUGAUAUUUUUAAAGAGGAUGUUAAUAUUGAUGAAGAAAAUUAUGCUGUGAUUUCAUUGUAGUAAUUUCAAAACACUUUUCUGGAAAGUAAACUUUUAAUAAUGUUAGUCUAAGAUCUCUGGUGAACUAAGUAACAUGCAGAGUUUGGUUGGAGAUAAGGAUCUGAUUUUAAAAAGAACGCAACUUCAAAGCAAGAGAAAGCUGAACAUUACAGGGUUUAAAUCAGUAUUAGCAGAGCUAUAGAUACACUGAACUCUUUCUUAUUUGGGGAUCUGAGGGGUAAGUCAGCUGGAAUUUUUAACAGUUCUCUCCACUAGUCCCUCCCCAGGCCAGUCCAUGGUGACCUCGGGAAUAAAGGCCAUUACUGGCUGGCCUCUAGCAUCCCUGGCGUAUUACUAUACAUAUCACAAUAAUUAUUAUUUACUCAGUGAGGCUCCGGUGUCUCGAGGUACUGAACAGGGCUCAUUAAAUACCAAUCCUACUAUUGGAGAGUAUCACAGGCCUCGGGAAAACAUAGUCUCACAAUUAUAUGAAGUUAAUAAAAGUAUUUAAAAGGAAAGUAAAUACAUUUUUCUUUCUGGAAAUGAGCCCUUAUUACAGGGAAAAUACUAGGAAUUAAGGGAAAUUAAAAAGCAUAAAAUAAUGUGUCUUAUUUAUCACCUAUUUUAGCAGACCCAAAUUUGCUAAUAAUUUAUGUUCCAAAAGUUGUAAAUUAAUUAGAAUUCAAAAAAUAUUUUCUGUGUGUGUGUGUGUAAACACACACACAAACACACACACAACCAAUGGAGGAAAAUGUGAACAAUCUGGGUAAAAGCUCCAUGGGAAUUCCUUGUACUAUUCCUGCAACCUUUCCAUAAGUUUGAUAUUUUAUCCAAAUAAAAAGUUACCAAAAAUGUAUUUUCUCGAAAACAUUAAGUCAUCUGUGAAAGAUUCCCCAGACCAGCCUGCAAAGGCUCGUUAACUAUGGGAUACCUCAGAGCCCUUAAGCAAGAUGGACAUACAACAUCUCCAUGAUGGAAUGCACUCAAAAUCUGCAACUUGGAUGCUGAAAACUUUAAGGAAUCCCUUUUCCAUCUCUGUCUGAUCCACUUUGGAGGGUGGAGGUGAGGGAGACGUAUUCAUGGCCAGACCACUGAGGGUAGGCAGGGACGGAGCCCGAGGGUAUGUUCGCAAGGAAAGUGAGGGACCCGGACGGGGGCUUGAGGCUGGCGUGGGGUUGAGGAUGCAGAAAAGGAUGGACACAGAGGGUCUCUGACAGGGUUGGGAGCCAAGGGUUCCGAAUCUUACUGCCAAGUGAACUGUCCUAAAAUGUAUAUAAUGUGGGUCCCAAGCCACCGGUUCCUCCUAAGAACGCCAGGUUCUGUUGUUUCCAUGACUUCUUGGGUGGGAAGGGCUUUUGCAGCGUUCUACUGGCCCGUCCUCCAAAUCCCUCCUCCCUGACGUUGCCAGUCCGUCCGGGGCAGCUAUGGUGAGGCACAGAGCAGGCUGCUUGGCCGGGGCCGGUGGGCUAGCAAGGGAAGGCGCAGUGACGUGCGGAGUGGCUGGGGGCAGACUCGCCCUCGCCCCGCGAGCGCCACCUGCAAAGCCCCAGCGAUGCCUAAGGCUGCGUGAGGCUGGAAAGCCACGCCCAGUGAGCCGCUGGAUGCUUGCGGCUGUAAAUGGUGGGCUUUACCUGGAUACGUCGUCAUUCCUCAGUGGAAGGGACUCUACAGGACACGGCCCUUUCCCGAACCACAGAACAUAAAGAGCUGUCGUGCCUGCUGGUGGGCUUGGGUGCGUUUCCCCGUGGAGCCGGCUGCGUGGGAACAAGUGAAGUGCAGGCCGGUUUGCAGGGUGAAGGAUGCGGUGUGACACACGUGACACACGGGCGGGGGGAGGGCGGUCCGGAGGGGCUUGGGCCAGAGGGUUUGCAAAGCCUGUAAUGGAGGACGUAACACGUCCUGCAAAAGCAAACCUCAGGUUGCUGCAGAGACGAUAGGAAAGUGCGAUCCCCUUGUCCAAACAGGCUAAAAGCGCAGGGACGGCUUGCUUUACUCGGCAGAGGACACCAAGAGGUAAAUGUAGACCAGAGUUUACAGUGUUGCGACCUACAUUCUCUGCUGGAAUUCUUCCUCAAUCCUGGGAAAUCGUGUUCUCUUGUGAAGGGGAAGAAUAAUCCUCCCACCGUGAGAGGCGAGAGCUUCUGGAAGGGAUUAGCCCUCUGCAGUCCUGGCUGCCUUCAGUUUCCUUUUGCCCUUUGCCUGUUCGCUUCCAGACUGCGGAAGUGUGGCUCCCUUUAAUGCUUCUUUCAUGGUGUCGGUGACGUGUACCCACUUGGUGUUCGUACUUUAAGCCACCUGCAACAUUUUACACUUUAUUGCCACCUAUAUUUCUCCUGAAGCAGCCUUGCCCUUGACCUGUCACACCUGCAUCUGUUUUGACCAACUCACACAAUCCACACACUUUGACCUCUAAAACUGUUCUUCCUGUAUUCAGUGCCUGCAAAACCAAGAUAGCAUAGGUUUCAUAAACGCAUAGCUUUCAAAUUUUAAAACUAAGCCAAACAGGGAAAAAUGUGAUAUUCUAAACGCUAGGUUUCUUUUACUAUCAGUGCAAAUUCAUUUUCAUCGUAAUAAACUUAAGUUUCAGGAAAAUGUUAAUAUCUAAGAUUGAAACACAGGGAUCGAAAUCAGGACAAAAUUUAAUUUGCAGAUCUAGGACUUAAGCUCAGAUAUUUUGGAGAUUAGAAGAUUUUCGAUAAGGUUUUGCUGCCUUUCAAUUUUUUUAAGUAUUUAAUGUUGAGACAUUCUGCCAUUUGCAACAAUGUGGAUGGAUCUGGAGGGUAUCAGGCUUAGUGAAAUAAGUCAGACAGAGAAAGACCAGUUCUGUGUGCUAUCACGUAUAUGCAGAAUCUAAAAACUAAAACAAACAUGUAUAUAACAAAAAAUAUAUUAAAUUGCAACUAAACCUUACAGGUCGUGAAGAAGAUCACUUGGCAGAAAACGAGUUUGCAUAAUGCCCAAAUCUUAUAAAGUAUCAGCUAAGAUGUUUGUUUAGUCUGAAAGGUUGCCAAACCCAUCUGUAUUGAGGGAAGAGCUAUGAGGUCAUCUCAGGGAAAAUUAAAGCAAAACAAAGUGCUGUUACAGAAGUCGGACAAUCCAUCGUAUUACACGCCCGAAUAAAAAGGUAAAGCUGAAGCCUUUUGGAAAGUUACAGUGACAAUGCUCACAGAAUUCGGUGCCUUUGGAAACAAUGAUGCCCCACGAGGUGGCAUCCAGGGCUGUUCGAUCACAGUGAGCUGCUUUCUUCCCCAGAUAAAUUGUAUGUCGGAAAAUUGAAGUGGAUAAAAACGUUUUAGUCUUUGAGAAUGUACUGUUCCUUCACCUCCUCCCACAUGUAAAUUAAAGAUGCCCUGCAAGAUCUUAACGACACAGCUUGAUAGUAAUCUAGAGCAGUGUUCUCCAGACGUUUGGAUUCUGCACACCAUUAGUAAAAUCUUCAGAACGUUGACAAUCUAUUAUAAGUAUAUAAAAAUAAACUUUAUCAUAUAAGUAUUAUUUAUGAUUAAUAAAUAUAUAAUGUUGUUCUCAGUCUGAAAUAAUAUAGUAAUAAGCUUAUUUUUAAGCAAGCAUGAAUAUAAACAUAGAAAUUCUGGUAUUUUCUUCACUUACCCCAGUGAAUCUUCUUUAUAUUUUACUCUAGAAACUGUUACAACAGGCCAGUGGGUCUCCACCUUCACUGAGUCACAAAUCACUUUGAGAACUGGAUAAGAGAUAUAGGCCAUCACCCUUCUAAAAAUGUGCAUAUGCCCUUACACCCCAAGACUGAUGUGUAUUUCCAGAGGUUAGGGGAUUCCCUGGAAUGUACUCCUAGGCCACCGCAGGGAGGUAGCAGAGACCCUCAGGCUAAUAACAUUAUCUAGAAGGGAAGAAACAGCAAAUCCUACUUGAAAUGAGAAGAGAACGAAGAACUGGAAGAAGUCUGAGUUUUGGCAUAGAUGUGACCCCUUGAUUUUUGAGGAGGAAAGGGAAGAAGUUCUUUUGCUCCUGAUUCUAUGGAAUGAUUGAUUCAUGGGGCUUCACAUAUGAGCAACUAAAGUUUUCUUUUUAGCAAAUAUUUAACAUAUCUCUCAGUACAUUUUCUCAAGUUUUUGGUAAAUGUGCACUGCUCUUGGUAUCCCACUUUUUCUUCUAGUUCAAGUACUUCUUUUCAUUUUUCCUCUACGUGAAAUAGGAUAGCUGGUGAACCUCGUGUUGAAAACCUUGAUACUAACAACACUUCUUUUAUGAUUACUUUCACAGUUGCUUUAAAUAACACUGUUUAUUUUGAGAUCUGCUUCUGGCAGAGUCGCAAAGUCUAUCAAAAAUUUAUCCUGUGUCUCAGAAGCUUGUUAAAUAUU